GCCCGGAUGCGAGCUCCAGGAUGCGGAUCGUGACCCGGAAGUUGUUUAUCCGAGCUGGAGAGACGGAGUUAGGAGGCAGUUUGUUUGUGCGUUGGUGUUAAGACAGUUUGUAUAUUUCCGCAGAUGUGACACAGGCGCGGAUAUAAUCUCCCAGGCCGAAGGACGCCGAAAUCUACCGCGCUGUAAGAACUCUGUUUCGACUUUUGAAGGCCGUAUUUUUGGGCUUUUUACACAAUGAAUCCGUCUGGGCUUUUCGGCAGAACACAAGGCGGAGCGUUUCAGUCUCCGGGCGCCCCGACCUCGGGGCUCUUUUCCUUCGGCCAGCAGAACGCCCCUUUCGUGCAGCCGCCUGCCCUCGGCCAGGGCACCGGCCAGACCUCGCUCUUCAGUACAUCGUCUGCCUUCGGCCAGACCGGAUCCCUUUUCGGGCAGCCUGGCGGGACGGCGUCUGGACAGGCCCCGACCUUCGGCAUGCCCGGUUCUGGGAGUCAGACCCCGUCGUUUGUACAGAGCGACACCAGGUUCGGCCCGCCGCCCUCCUUCGGGCAGCCGGCCGGGGUCGGUCAGAGCUCUGUCUUUAACCAGAACUCGGCUUUUCCCCAGACCUCUGCCUUCGGACAGACCGGCGGAUUUGCUCAGCACACACCCGGCUUCGGCGGCUCUAACGCUAUCUCCGCCUCCUCUGUUCCCCCCUCCUCGGGGUCUAGUCAACCACUGAGAUUCGGACAGUUGUCCACAGGGUCUUCUUCGGUAUUCUCCCCUGGAAGCGUUCAGGGCCGCGGAUUUAGCACCUCAGAGUUCAGCUUCAAGCCGUCAGACGCAGCUGUGUUCAAACCUAUUUAUAGCGCCAGUCCUGAACCGGCUGUAUCCCAGGCUGUGUCCGAGUCUUUUGGUUCCAGCCCAUCCAGCACCACCGCUACCAGUAUGGACAGCAGUGGGCCUGCUCCUGCUGCCUCUGGGUUCCUUUCUGGAGCAUUAGGUUUUAGCUUCUCGCAGCCCAUCGCAGUGUCCAGCAGCAUCCUCCCCACCAAAGAUGCACAUCCCAGCACCACCCAGGAGUUCAGCUUCUCGAAACCAGCAGCACCCUCCGUUGGUGCUGGCAGUGGCCUGGGUGGGGGGACCUCCCAGGCCGCCUCUGUCUCCAGGUACUCUGCCUCUAGCCUCCAUGAGCCCCGGCCACUGUUUGGUGCUGUCAGCUUUGGUCCGCUAAAACCCAAGACUGACGCUGGGGUUGUGUCUGGUGAGGUCCGUGAGGGGGAGAAUGCAGGGGAGGCAGCGGCUAAGGGUACCAAGCGGAAGGAGGAGAUGGUGGAGCAUUUAUCAGAGGAGCCCCAAGUUGGUGCUGACUCCGCCCCCAGGCACCCUCCCAAGAGGCCCCUGGUCCGGGGCCGGGGGCCUGUCAGCAGCAUCUUUCGCAGUGCCUUGACCAGCAUCCUGAAGACACCGGCCCUACAGACCCGGCGAGAGCCGAAGAGGAGUGAGGAGCCACAGCCAGACUGGGGGGAGGCGGAGCACCAGGGUUCGAUGGCACCGACCACCAGCCACUCACCCUCAACGCCGCCAAGGUCACAGGCCCCAACCCGGGAGGUCCUUGAGAGGGCGGAGGAGUUGGAUCCCGAAACUGAGGCAGCAUCAACAGUGAGACGUGCCCGCCGCCUGGACAGCACAGACAGCCUGGGGGGGAUGUCACCCUCCGAAGCCAUGGUGCUCCAAUGCAAGAACAUUCCAGCCAGUCUUAACAGCAAGGACAUCCUGGGGGAACAUUUCCGCCAGUUCGGACGUGUGCAGCGGAUCUUCUGCAGGCCCCAGAAGAACCUGGCCAUAGUGCACUUCCACGACCAUGCUUCUGCUGCCAAAGCCAAGAAGAAGGGCAAACUGCUGCGCAGGCAUGAGCUCACCCUCUUCUGGCAGAGGAAGAAGCAGAGUCCAGGAGAGAAGGGCCAAAGGCCUCCAGAUGACCCUGAUCCUCAGAGCCAGGCAGGAGGCUUUGAGUCAGCCCCUGUCUGCAAAGCCCUCUCCAAAUCCACCUCCGGCUGGUCCUCCAGCUCAUCCCUAUCCAGAGGGUCACCAGCCAAGAAACCCCUGGCGACAAAGGCCCUGCAGUUUGAGAGUGAGCCGCAGAUGGAGCCCAGCCCAGACGGCCUCGAAUCCGAACAUCUAGCCAGCAGCCUCCCCUCUUCCCUCUUCCACCUGAUUGGCCAGGUAGCUGAAACCGCAGAGGAGAAGUAUCGUCUGCUAGAGCAGCGGGACAAGAUCCUGCGACAGGCUCGGCCCAAGAGGACCGACCUGGAUCUGUCCAAGGUGUUUGUGGGUACGUGUCCUGACAUGUGUCCGGAGAAGGAGCGUUACAUGAGGGAGACCCGGAACCAACUGAGCUCUUUUGAGGUCAUCCCCAACACGGAGAAGGUGGACCACACUGCUGCCAUUAAGGAGUACAGCAGGUCCUCUGCUGACCAGGAGGAGCCCCUCCCCCAUGAACUGCGGCCCCUUACUGUGCUGAACAUGACCAUGAACUACCUGGUUACCCAGGUCAUGGACCAGGGUGAGGACAACUACCGUGACUGGUAUGACUUUGUGUGGAACCGCACACGAGGUAUCCGGAAGGAUAUCACUCAGCAGCACCUGUGCGACCCGCUUACGGUGUCCCUUAUUGAAAAGUGCGCCCGCUUCCACAUCCACUGCGCACACCACCUGUGCCAGGAGCCCAUGAUGUCCUUUGAUGCUAAGAUCAACAAUGAAAACCUGACCAAAUGCCUGCAGAGCCUCAAGGAGAUGUACCAGGACCUGGCCAGCAAGAACAUCUACUGCCCUCAUGAGGCAGAGUUUCGGCAGUACAGCGUGCUCCUGAAGCUCAAUGAUGGAGACAUCCUCCGGGAGGUGCAGCAAUUCCGGGCGGAGCUCCGAAACUCUCCGGAGGUGAAGUUUGCCGUCCAGGCCUUUGCCGCUGUCAACAGCAACAACUUCGUGAGGUUCUUCAAGCUGGUCAAGGUGGCCUCGUAUCUGGCUGGUUGCAUCUUGCACCGCUACUUCGACCAGGUGCGCCGUGAGGCUCUGCGGGCCCUGAAUGUGGCCUACAUCUCCCGUGGUUCCACCACAUUCCCGGUCGAAGACCUGGUCCGGAUGCUCAUGUUCCAGAAUGCCGGCGAGGCUUCGGACCUCGCGCUGCAGUAUGGGCUCGCGGUCGAUGCAGGCAUGGUGGAGCUAAGCCGGACAGCGUACCAGGAGCCUGAGAUCCAGCCACGUCCAAAGCGCUCUGUGGCCAUCGCAAGGAAGCGGGAGGUGCUGGUGGGCCAAGUGGUCAACGGCGCGCCACUGCCCAACCCACCCCAACACACACCCGUCAACAGCUUUGACAGCCGCAACAAGUACCGUGGGGAUGGGCAGCCAGCGGAGGCAGGCAGUGUGCCCAGGGCUGCAGCCUCCCCUCAGAGGCCCCCCAUUGAGCUGGAUGCGCGGGCCCUCCAGCACCGAUCCAAGAUGCCGAGCGACCCAGCGGAGUCAGCUGGCCUCCCUGGUAGAGAGGAGAGUGGAGCACUUGGGGCAUCUCCGUCGGAGGCACCACCAGUCGCCCCACCUACGCCUCCCCCACCGGAGCCCGUUUACACAGAGCAGGACAUCGCCACGGAGGUAGAGGCCAUGCUGGAGGAGGUAGUGCAGGCCGAGGUGGCUGACGUGGCUGCCACCGGAGCCGAGUACAUCUCUGCUGCACUCAGCAUGUGCAACGGCCAGGUGGAGGCAGUGCUGAGUGAGGUGGUGGAGCAGAUGCUGCGGGAGGUUUCUGCUGCCGAGAUCCAGGCAGAGAGGGAGCAUAUCGCUGAGGAGAAGCGCAGGAUGGAGGAAGCCAGGAGAAAGCAGGAACACGAGGAGCUCCUGGCCCGGCUCAGCAAGACACUGUGUGCCGAGAUCACACAGGAGGUGCUGCGCGACUGCAUCGUGGAGACUGCCUCAACAGAGAUCAGGCGUGCCCAAGAAGAGCAGGCAGAAUGUGUGGCUCGCAGCUCACAAGACGUGUGUGAGGUACUGCUGGAGGAGACGCUGUGUGGUGAGCUCACCCUGCUGGCCCAAGACGUCCUGGAAGCAGAGCUUCUGAGUAUACGCAGGUUCAUCAAAAGGUGGCGUGAUGUGGUGGCCGUGCGCAGGCAGCUGAAGCGACAGAUGCGUGAUUUUCCUGCUGCCCCUGGCUGUGUGGACCCCCGCUUCAGGCUGCAGGCCUUGGCCCCCAGUGCCCCCCCCUCACCCUGCCUGGACAGGCUGGCCCGGGGCGUGGUCAACCUGGGGCACGCUGGGGACCUCUCUGUUUCCUGCACCAGGUUGGCGAAGAUGCGAAGGGAAACCGAGCAUCAGAUGAAGGUCCACUUGUUCUACCAGCAGCUCCUGAGCGAAUCUGUGUGGGGGCCACUGGACCUGCUCAGUCUGGUGGCAGCAAGCGUCUCGAACCCAUCUGACACAAUCUUCUGGAAGGCAGCCCUCUUGUUGCCAAGUGAUCAUGAAAGAGAUGCCAGUGUUGCUAACCAGAUUUUGACAGAAUGGCUGGAGUCCAAAUUCGGUAACUCGGAGAAGCAAGAACACAGGGAGAUGGUCCCCAACGGACACAUGCAAACCUUGAGCAUCAGCAGCGGCCUGCGGAGCGUGGGGGAGCGCAUGCACACAGUGCACGUGUGUGUGAAGGUGGCCCGCGGGCCCCUCAGCGAGGAAGGCCAGUUGGCAUUGGAGAAGCGGAAGGAGCUGAUGGGCAUGGGCGCCCUGCUGAUGCUGCUGCCCUCGGCAGUCAGUCCCGGGGCUGAUGAGGAAGACGGGGACAUCUUCCUGUUAUCCGCCCUGCUGCAACUCCGGCAGAUCCAGCAGGCUAAUGCCUGGCCACAGGCCCUUCCUCUGGUGGUGGUGGUCCCAGGGCAGGCUGGGCACAGGGCCAGCGAUGAACGGCUAGAGGAAGACCUGAUGCUUCAGACACUCAUUGAGGAAGGUUUGAUUUCAGAGUACAUGUUCGUCCAUAUCCCCGAGACCACGAACGAACCCCAAGGAUCCGAGCAGAUCCGCCAUGCCGUCAGGUGGCUCGCUGCCCGCUCCACGGCACCAGCCCGGCUCGUCUCGCAGACGUUGGUGCAGGUUGUGGAGGCCGGGCUCUGCCGCGAGUUUGCUGGUAGGCUUCACCGUGAUCGGAGGGACCGUGACAUGGCGGGACUGCCCUCCCAGGGCCCUGCACCCGUCAUCGGCCUCUACAACACUGUCCUGGCUUUCUUGGCUGGCCUUGUGUCGUCCCCGAGUCUGGCUGGCCUCUCCUGGCCCGUGGCAGAGUUCUCGGUGCCAGGGGGUGGUGACUGCCUACCACAUCUGCUCUGGAACUCGGCUGAGCACCUGGAGUGGCUCCAGGGGGCAGUCCUGAGCCUGCGGCUGCCCGACUGGCUGCUGCCAGCCGUGGGGGCUCCUUGGAGCCAGCUGGUUGCCUCCAUCUUCCAGUACGUAUCUCAAAUGCCAUGGUCCCGCCACAGCCAGCCACUCCUUAUGUCCCAGUUGGAGAACCUUUUGGAGAGGCUGCGUCAGGACUGUGUGGGCCGAGGUGGGGGGCCGGACAAGGAGCCCACUUUCUGGGAGGUGCCCUGGGACGAAAUUGUCAUGCUCUGUGUAGAGCACCAACUCCGGGACUGGAACCCUCCUGGGUGCCCCGUGAGUGAAGAUGUCAUCAGUGACGACGGAGAAAUCCCGGUGUAUUUCCUGAGCGAUGGGCUGCAGGGCUUCAUACCGCCGUCCUGCUGGGUGGAUGCCGUAAAGCAGACGCACAGGGACAAGCAGCAGGGGAAGGCAGGGUGUCACCAGAGCAUGUGGCCUCAUCCUCGACUGGCCAGGCCACGUCUUCAACAGAAGCUGUUUCACAGCAUGGUUGAGGACCCUGAGUCCGGAUCCGGUGUUGCCCCUGUUUUGGAUGCUGCCUCCAGCCCCCAGGACCUCCUGGCUCGCAUUGAGGAGGAGAAAGAACAGAGCCGCAGGUUCGAGGACCAGCUGCGUACCUGGCUUGACGUCGAGUCCCUGGGCCCUUCCUCUUCCUCCUCACCACUUUUCUUGCCUUCUUCGUUACUGUCUGUACCGGAGAUCGUAGUGCCCUCCCCAAAGAUGGCUGCCCCACCUGCACUUGCCCUGCAGAAGGAGCGCAGUGUCCGCAGUGACCAGCCCAGGGGAGCUGCCAGUUCAAUGGCGAGGCGUCUACAGGAGCUGGAGCAGCUGAUCUCUGCAAGCCGGGAGGAGGAGCUCGCAUGUGAGCUGAAGCUAAGCUGCCUUCUGGACAUUGUUGAUGACUGAGUGUCAUGUGACCCACCUGAUGUCUGCCGUUGGCUGCCACAAGUUGUCUCUCUUAUGCUUGAUUUCUGCAGUAUAUUUAGUUGUGUGGUACUUGUGCAUAAAUUGCUUUGAAGAGUAUGAUGUACAGUAAUUUACACAACAUUGGGAGUGUUGUAACUGGGGGAAAAACAUGUCAUAGGAAAUGGACAGUUUUUUAGGGUUUUUUUUUGUGCAAAUUUUAAAUAUUAAAAUGUUAUUGUAUUUAGAAACCCAUGGCUGUUUGUUUUUUUUCCAUCAUGAAACUUUGUUUAUUGUACUUUUAAAUUGAAUCACAAUUUGCUGCAGAAUCUUUAAAACCUGUGACGUUAUUUGCCCAUAUUAGACACUCAUACGUGGGGUUGUUACUGCUGUUUCUUUAACCUUGUGUAUUGUUGGUCAAAAUUAACAAUUUAGGUAAUAUCUGCAUUGUACACCAUUGCAAAAGUAUGUCUUUUUUUAGAUUCUUAAAGAAAUGUCAUGCAGCUCAAUUAUAUAUUCAUGUAAUUGAACUGAAGAUCACAGCAGUUCACUAAGCAGUCUGCCACUGAGUUCUUUUUAUAAACUGGCUGGCUGGUUUUUAAGAAAAUAUGCCCGUGGAUGCCCUACAGGUGGCAGCAGGGAGCCAUCUGCAUAUGUACAGACAGUCUGCUGGUUAAGAAUAUUCGACUGACUUGAUGUAGCUAAGAUAUUUUGCAUUUAAAAGCAGAUGGCCAUAGAUCCUAUCAUACUAAUUUAGUUUAAAACUAUUUUUAAUAUCAAACAUAUGCAUUACUUUAUGAUGCUCAUGAAAACAUCACCCUGCUUUAUUCUUUCGUGGGCUUGAGGUACAGUACUGUAUGCAGUUAUUUUUAAUAUUACUGUACUAUAAUGUUCUGUAGUAUUACUCUUCUCACACCAAUAAAUUUGACUUUAAGACUGA